UGCUCUAACUUGGACAUAGAGAGUAACUUGCAUUUGUUUUUCCUUUUUUUAACCAAAGCAGCUUCUCCACUGUUGGAUCUUGGCUGAAGUUUUCCCACCUGUCUGGCUUCUUCCUCCUCCUCCUCUUCCUCACACAACACCAGUGUCUGGAUCAGCUUCACGCCUACCAGGCCUUAGCAGAGUUUUCUAACACUGUUUUUAUUAGUUUUAAGAUCAUCAUGGGUAGCAUGUUGGAUGUGUUAAAGUGGAUGUGGUACCACAGAAACUACAUCAUCAUCGUCAUCACGCCUCUCGCCUUUCUUCCUCUGCCUCUGGUCGUUCACCCAAACUAUUCACAAGAAGCAAAAUGUGGCUUUGUGAUCAUCCUGAUGGCUUUGUAUUGGUGCACGGAGUGCAUGCCUCUGGCUGUGACCGCUCUUCUCCCUGUCGUCCUGUUCCCAAUGAUGGGCAUCAUGAAGGCUGGAGAUGUCAGUAUUGAGUAUUUGAAAGACUCCAACAUGCUGUUUGUGGGCGGUCUGUUGGUGGCCAUUGCAGUGGAGCACUGGAACCUUCAUAAACGCAUCGCUCUCCGUGUUCUUCUCCUGGUUGGCGUUCGUCCAGCCUUGCUGAUGAUGGGAUUCAUGAUUGUGUCGGCCUUCCUGUCCAUGUGGAUCAGCAACACGGCCACCACAGCCAUGAUGCUGCCCAUCUCUCAGGCUGUGCUGCAGCAGCUGCAGGCGACAGAGACACGGGCAGAAGAACGAGACCUCCAGAACGCAGCAGAAGAUAACCCUGGGUUUGAGAUGGAGAGCAGAAAAAUCAAGGAGGGAGUCCCAGAUGAGAAGAAUACAGACACAAACCUGCAGCAGGAGAAUGGAAUAGUUUUGCCUCAAGUGAUUCCAGAGUACAUAGAGAACAGCAGGAAAACUACGGAGGAAAAGUACACCCUCCUGACUAAGGGGAUGAACCUGAGUGUGUGCUACUCUGCGAGCAUUGGUGGCACUGCCACCCUGACAGGCACCACUCCCAACCUCAUCCUCAAGGGUCAAAUAGACAAGCUCUUUCCUGGAAAUGGGGAUGUGAUCAACUUUGCCAGCUGGUUUGGCUUUGCUUUUCCCAACAUGGUGCUCAUGCUGGCAAUCUCCUGGCUCUGGCUUCAGUUCAUGUUUCUUGGCUUCAAGUAAGACAACCAGAGAUGUGAAAUAUAUUGAAGCAGUUUCAAGUAUUUUGAYUGUUCCUAAAUUGUUAUUGAUGAAACAAAAGCUGAACUCAAGAAAAACCCAAAAGUAAUAUCAGAUACUAAACAGUCUGGGACCAGGUCUGUGGGAAAAACAGUCAACAAGACCAAGACUCAACAAAUAACAGGAAACAGAACAAAAGAAAAGCAAAAGUCAAUUGUGCUGAUCUGUGAACACAGAAACACAACAUUCUUAACAUUAUGACUGUGAUUCGGAUGUCCUAAUGAGGACUGGACCAUACUGACUUAACUCCAGAAAAGUAAACAGAGAGCCAUCUCAGAAACUUUGGUCAAUCGCAAAAUAAUUUUAAAAAAGCAGGUACCAAAAACCAACUMUACAGAGAAUUAAUUACCAAACCAGCAGCUUGGGUCACAAUGGUUAAAAUGUCAAAUCCAAACAAUAUUUUUUCCAUGAAAACGGCUUAUUUAGUCAAUUUAGGUUCAAAUUACACAUUGCACAGUCACUAGUAUGCUUUGACAGCUAACCAGUCAUCUGCUAUAGUUAUUUUUUACUAAAAAUUAACUAACUCCAAGAUAGUGAUGCACUUAACAGAAGAGAAAUAUAACAGCAGCCAAAUUACUCACAGUUUAAUGACAGAUACGACGAAUGAUCAAGUCAAUCAUAAGAGAAUGGGGGCUAUCUGGUACGAAAUAAAUACACAGUUAACUUUACAGACAACAUGAAUCUUCAAUACUCGCCUUCCUCCCAGAGGUAAUGUUUCCACUCCUAACAAAGUGCUAAGCUAACAUUAGUGUGGUAAGCUAACAUUAGCAUGUCUGCGCUUUGUUUUGAUUAUAUGUGCUGAUAUUGAACAUAUUUUACUGCUGUUCUAGUUUAUCCUGUGUUGAGAACUGUUAUGGAAAAUGACCACUUUGAACAUCUUAAAAUCUAAUAGCUUGUAUUUAAAAUCAGAAAUGCUAUCUAAAUGCUAUCUGUGUGGCUCUGAUCUUUCUGC